AUGAAAAAUAAACUAUUUUUAUAUUCAAUAAUAGAUCUCUUCGAAGCCCCUCAUGAGAAAGGAAUGCCAAAUCCACCAAGUGUUACUAUUUCUGUAUCAUCAUUUCCAUCUACUGAUAAUAGUUUCAAUAAAGAUAUAACAAAAAAGAAGACCAUCAUAUAUGCAUCACCUAUUCCAUAA